GCCUGCGGCUCACGCGCGGUUAAGGGAGUUUUUUCGUUGUUGUCGAGCAGCAGUUACAGAUCGAUACUGUUUUAAGAGUGAAUCGCAUUUAUUUUUAAAUAAGGCCGAAUGAGAUAUGUGCAUUAUUCAAACAAGACGGUGGCACGACAGUUAGUUUACUGGAAGAAAACUACAAACACUCCCACAAUGCUCCACGCUGCCGUGUUUUGCUGUCAAGGAAGCGGACACGUGGAGCUCGUUGCGCUGCAACAGUUACCUACGUCGAUAAUAUUUUCACUUGCGGAAGUUAAGCCGGUCUUAAGCUACCACUAACUGAUACAGAUUGCUAGUCAUAUACGAUUCAUUCGUGGCAGUAAAGUAUACGUGCUUUUGCUCACUUUUCUUGCAAUAGUUAUUUUUAACGCAAGUUUGCUAAAAUAUUAAACUUAUGGCAGUAAAUGAACGGGGUGGAUGGGAGUCCGUCGUCAUAGAGAGCCUAAGGAGUUUCAGAGACAGAUACUUACAAAGUGUUAGAAAUGUCAGUCGGAGUGAUCAUCUGAGGAGAAGGUCCCAUGAUGAAGCGCCCGCAAAUGAAAGGCAUUUGGAACGAUUACCUAUUGACUUGCACCUGUAUAUAAUGUCUUUCCUUUCACCUCAAGAUCUUUGUCAUCUGAGCUGUACAAGUCAUUACUGGAACAGUACUGUUCAUGAUCCUUUACUGUGGCGAUAUUUCCUUUUAAGAGACAUUCCUUUAUGGUCAUCUGUUAAUCAUAAUUCACUACCCGACUUGGAAGUAUUAACUAAAACUUCAUCUGAAUUGUUGGAAAAUGCAAACCAUGACUACAUGUCACAAUAUUUAAAAAGUUGCCCAGAGUGCAGAAGGUAUGGAAAACCUAACAGACCUGUAUAUGGUGCAGUUACAUCUUUCUUUCAUUCCCUGGUGGUAAACACAGAGCCCAGGUUUGCUAUGUUUGGACCAGGUUUGGAGCAGUUGGAUGUUUCUCUGCUGACAAAGAUGAUGUAUUCUCCAGAAGUGCUUCCAGUUGCAGGCCUGCCCCAAAGACAAAUAAAUGGAAUUGGUUCAGGAAUCAGUUUCAUGUUUAAGAACCAGCAAAAGCUUAAUAUAAUCACUCUCUACUCUGCUGUUAGGAAAGAAAGGGAGCGUGCUCGAACAGAACAGAGCAAUAUUCAGAAUCCAGCUUUCCUUCAGGGUGAUGAAAGAGCCACAGAGAACUGUACAAGGAGGUACACAGUUAUCCCUCUUGUGGAAAAUGUCUGCAGUGUGGUUGAUGGUUUCAUUUAUGUUGCCAAUGCUGAGUCAAACAGAAGUCAUGAACGUGAAAAUGAAUUUGAGCAGAUCCAGGCAAUGUUAUAUCAACCUUAUGCCACUUCAAACCGGCCUUUACUGGUUCUGUCUUGUAUUUCAAGAGCAGGAGUAAAUAAAAUUCCUAGUAUUUACAUGGCACAUGAAUUACAUUUAAAUAAACUUUCAUUUCCUUGGUUGGUUCAAGAUACUGAAGCUGAAACACUAAUUGGACUUCUUGAUGGGAUUGAAUGGUUAUUACGAGAAUCAGGAAUUAAUGUCUAGAAGUAAAGGAGCAUACAAACUGAAUUGUACAGCCUAGAAAACCUUUGAACAUGUGUACACUGUUAUAUUUUAUAAACUGUAAAUUAUGUAAUAAUAUUAUGUGUAAAUAAUUCACUAGCCUAAAGUUUUGUAACAAAUGUGAUAUAUUGUUGAUAGUAGGAAAAAAAACUCUCCUCCUGUUAUUUUAAUUGACUCAUGUUUUAAAAUUAAAAACUUCUCAUUGUUUCCUUUUUCUUCAACUAGCAGCCAAACAAUAAUGAGAUGAAAAGAAAACCAAAAGAUGAGCAGCUAACUUACGGUCUCAAAUGUUUUUGGAGGGUCACCAUUUUCACACUAACUAACCCCUUAAAAUAAAAGAAAUUUUUGCAGUUAAUGAAACAGGUUAUUUCAGCCUGUGACUUGAUAGUGCUCUUAAUAACCCACACUAGGCAUAUUCAAAACAGUGGAUCUUCAAGGAACACCAAAGCGUUUUGUGGUCAGGAACAGAUCAAUAUACUCAAACUUUCACUUUUUUAUUCAAAUAUUUCAUUAUAUUGUAUGAUAGACAUUUAGGUGUGAACAGGAUCAAGUUAUUUGGUCAUUUGAUGGCUAACUUAUAUCUUAUUGUUAUAUGGGUGUUGGUUAAAGAAAAAGUAAAGCAUCUUUAAAAAAAGUAAGACAAUAGAGAUUUUACUAACAGUAAUUGGUUAUUGAUAAAAAAAAUGGCUAAAACGGAAACAUGCAACCACAUCAGUCCUCCAGCAUCAGAGUCUGACACCCUGCUGUAAAUGAACAAAACCAAUUGUUUUUUUAAAAAAAAUGUAGUGGUAGUCUUUUAAAGCUCACGAAGUCAUGGAGGAUGGGAAUGUUUAUAUUUCAGUUUGAUUCCGAAAACUUUUCUCAUGGUUUGGUGUGCAGAAAAACUAGAAUUAAACGUGUUGGUUACACAGUCACUUAAUCACCUAACUAAAACUUCACAGGGAACACUGAAGUCUAAACAGACAUCUUUAUGAAAAAUCUGCAUGUGUGCUAAAAGGUUGUUAAUGGUGUUACUGUAUUUCACUCUUUCACACUUUCAUACUUGGCUUUUUUGUUUCAAUAUUUUAUUGACCUGAAAGGUCUUUACUGCAAUAAGCCAUUUUAAAAUAAAUGAAUGGAUUAUUUAUAUUCUUCAUUUUUUAAAUUGGAACAGGUGGUUUUAGAUAGUUAUUAGUAUAUUUUACAAGUUCAUAUGCUCACCUAAAAAUAAGUUCCUUUAUUAUGUGGUUUAUUGUUAGCCAACACACACAAACACUAUAGUAGGUGUUAAAGAAUGAAAUAAAAUGAAA